AUGGCGGCGGUCGCGGCGGCGUGGCACCCGCCCGCAACAGCUGCCGCCAGCGGUGACGUAGGGCAGCAUUACCUGCUGGCUGCUGUGGCAGGCAUAGAUGUGCCCUCGCUCAACGUGUUUCUCCAGUCCUGGAGGCGCUACUCCCCGCAAACUCGCAUCGUGCUGUGGGUGGAACAGAAUGCCACGCUGGCAGAGCACGGCGUGCCUGCCGACGUGGUGCGUUUCACACGCACCGCCCAGGACAUCAAGCUGCAGAGAUACGAGCUGUGGAGGCCGUUCCUGGAAGGCUUGCGACGCCAGGGGAAAGCCGCGGGGGUGGUGCUCGCUGAUGCGGGCGACGUGCUGCUGCAGGCUGACCCCUGGCAGGAUGCGGUGGUGGAGAUGCUGGUGGCAGAGGAUGCGCUGCUGUUUUCUUUGGAGGGCGGGCCGCACGAUGGCAUGGGCAAGCCGAUCCGCGACUGUGCAGCCAACCGGCAGUGCCUGCAGCGCUGCUUUGGCGCUGGCGCAGCGGAGCAGCUGGGAGGCAAGCCCAUUGCGUGCGCAGGCGUGACGAUUGGGGGCCUGGGGGCAGUGACCGCAUACGUGCAGCAGCUGCUGGAUGUCACGCAGAGCAGCGCCACACAGGAGUGCAGGGACCAGGCCGGCGGUCACCAGGCAGUGCACAACUUCAUGCUGCACCGGCUGGGGGAGCAGGGGGGCCUCAGGUUCCGCCACCACGCACGUGCGGCUGAAGAGCUGCCGCCGCUGGUGCUUGACUCAUACGGCUGGCCCUUCCGGAUAGACCGCUUCGGCGUGCUGCGGCGGGACAACGGCACCACCCCCGCCAUCGUGCAUCAGUACCAUCGCUGGCGUGGCGCCCUGGCCAUCUACCGGGCCAUGUAUCCCUACCUGGGCCGCGGCUUCGAUUACAACGGGCCCAACGCAACAGGCAACUCGGUGCUGGCACACAUGCGGCUGUGCCAGUUCUGCCGCAAGCAGCUGGAUGCCGGUGCAGCAACAACGGCAUGA